GAAACUACUUAUGGAAACAUUAUAUAUUAUCAUUCAAAGAUUGUGUGUGCAAGUAUGUAAAUUAGCAAAUAUAUUCUGUAUCGGUGUUUAUGGAAACUUGAAAUAUUUCCUAGACUAAUGGAACUACUACGCAUACUGUUACCAUGGAUACAGACUGUGGUAUUCAUAGUGAGUAUCAUGAAAACGGCUGAGGGAGCUUACGACACUAUAAAAAAGACAAAACCAUGUGUGUUGAAUCAUUCGUGUAAAUUGCCCUGCAGACUGGAGCCAUUUAGGGACGUUACUGUUAUUUGGUUUGACGGCAAACAUGAGGUGCUAACGCAAGGUAUGCAAGUAUAUAAGCAUACCAGAAAUCUCAAGAUAAAUAAGCCAGCGAGGAAUGAGUGGGAACUCCGUAUACUGAGGGUUGAUCUAAGCUUUGCUGACACAUACUGGUGUAAAACUAGAGACGGGCUUACGCUCUCGGAGAUAACAGUUGUCAUUGAACAUGCGCCAAGAUUGAAAAAUAAGUCUUCUUCUACUCGUACCCAUUUCCUUGAAAAUUCACUGGCGCAACUGAAUUGUGAAUUUUCCGGCAUACCGGAACCGAAAGUAACGUGGUACCGUGGACCGUCAAAGGAACGUAUUGAAGGUUUAAAGGACCAUAAGCUGAUCAUCAGAAACGUCACAAGGUACGCAAGUGACGAGUACGCUUGCAUUGCCGAAAACAGACACGGAACUUCCGAGAGACAUAUGCAUGUAUUCGUGGACUUUGCACCUGAAGUUGCGGUGAUGGCACCUGUGGUUUAUUUUACCGGAGGUGAAAUGGUGAUAUUGGGCUGUGCUGUUCAAGCUUCUCCGCUGCAAAAAGCAUUCUGGACUAACCAUAAAGGCAUUAAGAUUGAAAGGAACAACUGGCAAUAUGAGGUCGACGACGAAAAGGAGAGCGAGUAUUUUCCAGUACGCUUUAUACAGCUCGAAAUAAAUAAAGCGACGAUAGAUGACGAAGGCAACUACACGUGCCAUGGUGAGGACAGAGCGGGGAGAGAAAGUCGUGCUGUUGUUGCAUUAAAAAUAAAACGCUUCUAGUGAACACUUGCUUAUUCAACGUUCAGUUGAAAGACUCCUUAUAUAUUUUCUAUGAUUAGGACUCUUAAUUUAUGGCAUGUCAUAGGUUCAUAUUCAAUAAGUAAUAUUUAUUUUGUGUAUUGAUUUAUUUGUAUUGCGUAAUUCAAUGAUUUUUGUUCUAUAAUAUUUCACAUAUUUGCCCUAAAACAGUGUUUAUUUUGUGUCUAUUUUAAUAUUUUUGUCAUAUGUUGAAUGUUAUGUUGAUUUCAUGUUGUAUUCUAUUUUUGUAUCUUUUAAAAAGAUGGUUUUUUCGGAUAAUUGGAACUAUAUAACAGGGUUAUUAUAAUAGUAUCUCGAUCUGGGAUGCUGUAUUCGGCUCGAGUGGAUUUUUGCCUGAUCGGGUCUCACGAAGCGCGCAAGCGCCGAGUGUGAUCCGACCUGGAAAAUCCAUGAGAGCCGAAUACAGCAUCCCAUAUCAAUCUACUGUUGUAAUGACCCUUUUAUCAUAUACUUCCACCUUUUUGUUUGUUGUUUUGUUAUUGAACGAAAUCUUUUAUGUUUAUCGAUGUUGAAAUUGAACUUAGUGAAGUUUUUAUGUGCGCUAUUUAUAGCACUGUGUCAGGUCAUGCAUAUUAACGAAAGUAGUCCGGCAACAUACAAUACAAAAGGUACAAAAUGGAUUUUUUCUGCCUAUGUUCAUACAAGCCGAUUUUUUACAGAAUUUAUAUAGGUAUACAAUAAUAUGUUUUAUUAUAUACCUAUAAAUUCUAUCAAAAAUACGGUUCAUAUUUCGCAAGUAGAUUCAAACGGGCAGGAAAAAAAAACAAAAAACAAGGUAGAGGUAAGUCAUAAAAUUGUCAUUAUUAUCAUAACAGUAACUAGAACUGGAAUUUUGUACUCGGCUCGAGUGGAUUUUGUCAGGUCGGAUCCACCGUUGAGCCGAAUAAAGCAUCCCAGAUCAAGCUACUAUUAUAAUGACUCGCUUGUAUAAUCUCAAUAAUAUUGAUAUAUUUAUGUUGCAUAACGAAUUAUUUUGAUGGCAUUACGUAUUUAUUGCAUCUUUGAAAAGUAUCUAUUCGAUAAUAUGAAUCAUAUGAAGCGUAUAUGGAGCCCCCUGGUGAGUUAUGUAUAAAGUUAAUACAUUAACACCAAUAAUAAGUAGACAUUUCGCUAUGGCCACUAUGCAUGGCCUAGUGUGCAGAAAUUUGUAAAUAUCAUGUGAUCAUAAUGUACAUCUAGGUUAUAUAACACUGCAAAGUGUAUGUGUGUGACUUUUCAGCUAAGGCAGUUAGCAAUUGAAACGGAAGCGGCUACUUAAUUAAAUGCUAUAUAUAUCUACGCGUGCUUACAAAAGUAUUUUUCAAAAUAUUGCAUUUGAUUAUGUUUAAAUGCAUCUUGUGUAUGUCGUUGUAUGUCUUGGCCAUAACCUUCACUUAAAAUUGUUUAAUGGGCCAAAACUAUGAUACAUACCAAUUUGCCAAAUAAAAACGUUAACUGUAAGCCAUUAAUUUUUCGCGGAAAUUCUAUAUAAAACUAAUAUGUUCACAUACAAGUCACAUUAACUCACUACUUUUAUAUCGUUUAAUGUGAUACUUACUUGCCUUGCCCUAUAACUAUGGGGCCAUAAUAAACUAAGGAGCCAACACAAUA